CACCCGCUGGAUUUCGUUGUUAAUUUGAUUUUUUAAAAGAAAAGCGAGUGAAAUUUUUGUUACACAAACUUUUGAUAGUAACAGUUUGGGCGGAAAUUAGUAUAACGUUGCAGAUUGUUGUGGUUGAUUGGUCGAAUUUGUGAGUUUGGAAAAGCGAGGGUAAGCAAAUAAAAUGGAGUGGAGCUUGCCCGUGAAUGAAAUGCUCCGUGAUGACAUCACCAUGAUCACCCACACUCUCGUCGUGCCGCGUUUCCUCGGAGUUGCCCACGACUUCAGAAUGAUGCAGGACAGUCUAUCACGUGUGAUCAACACACUAGGCGAGGAAUCGGCUGCAGAACAAGGCCUCACCAAAGUGAUUACCACCACGGAGAAGUUACGCAACUCGCCCACGCAUUUGCUGUAUCUGCUCAAGGAUGCGCAUGCCAAGGGGGGUAAAGGCGAGGUCAUCGGUAUGCUGAAGGUGGGGCGAAAACGUCUAUUCCUAUUCGACGAGCGCGACAAAAUGCGCGAGGUCGAGCCUCUAUGCGUCCUCGACUUCUACGUCAAGCGCGAUCGGCAACGACGCGGAAUGGGCCGCGCGCUUUUCGACCACAUGCUGCUCGACCUCGGUGUACGUGCUGAACAGUUAGCGGUGGAUGGGCCUUCUCCAAAAAUGGAGCAAUUCUUACGUAAAAACUACGGUGUGGAGCGGCUGGUGCGCCAAAAUAACAACUUCGCCAUCGCGCCGUCGUUCUUCGACUCCGUCGAGGACAUAAGUUCGUCAGGUCGCAGCACGCCAUCAUGUGUCGAGCGUCCCGUCGUGCCUUCUCUCAGCCGCUAUGCCGCGUACAAGCCGCAGUCCGCCAUCGCUGAUGUAAUCCACGGUGGUGGUGGUGGUGGUUCGCAUUAUUACCAGACCAGCAGCGGUUGUUUUAUUUCGGUUGCUUGCAGCUACACUCAGUUCGGCCGCGCUAACAACUCACAAUGACGGUAGCGCGCGUCACACGGCCCUCACACUUGCCGACGCUCGGUGGAGUCGCGUUCCUCUUACCAAAUCUCGUUCGAACAGUGAAUUCAUUUUUUUAUGUGAACGCAAAUGAGGAAUCACAUUUCACUAUCACAUACCAAUGAACUUAUCUCAGUGACCACAUUAUGCAUUUAGUAGUGCGACAAUACUAAUAAAUAUUUAUUAUUGAAGCAGCUAAUUGUAAUAUAACUUUUUAUAUAUAGAUUUAGGUUAAACCGAGAUCUGUGUGAGUGCACGCCCGCACGAGUUGAGCGGUGUUCUGCAUAAAUGAGUUAAAACGUAAAGUGACUUAUGAAUGUAUAGUCUGUCUUUUUUUAAGAUGGCGUAAAAUUACAUUUGCAGGUUGCCAGUUUUCCUAAAAUUUUGAAGUAAUCAUGUUGUAGUUGUCGACGUAUACGUGUUGUGAACGUAGGUAAAAUUUUGCCUAAAAUUACUGAAUUGCGAAUGUUACUAAUGAAUACUAAUUACGUUAUUGUAUUUAGUGUGUGUAUGAAUUAAUUUUCAAAAAUCAACAAUUGAAAUGUGUCUGUGCCCAGCAGUUGGACGUAUAAUGGGCCGAUCCUGAAUCAAAUGAAACAAUUUCGCCUAUUUCAUAAGCGCAACCAACUUUCAGUCGAUAGUCGAUAUAAUAUUUAUCGACUGCAAUCAUUAGCUUAGCUUGUAAGCGGGCUAACUCUUUUGCGUAAUGAAUUGUCAUUUUACUCCAUCUUCAAAAACGACAGACUAUUAUCUUAUACCUUCGAGCAUGAAGUUUAAUAUUGUUUUCACUAUUAUCAUUAAAAAUAGUCGUAGUACAUCAAAGAAUUCUUUUCACGAUAUAGAGUUUGUCUAAUAGGGGAAAUUCGUAAAAGUGUAUAUUGUGUGAUUAAACCAUGAAUGCGAAUUACACACACAUUAUAUAUGUGUGGACAGACUCGAAAAUCAUGUAGAAUCUGAUACCGAGGGAUGGGCGAUUAGUAGAAGGGAAUUUUUACUGCUGAUAGAGGAAUUUAGCUAAUUACUUCCAGAAUAUUUGAAGCGACAACUGAAACUUAGUAACAAUUUUGUCAAAAAUCUUUAUUACUCAACAUUUCGAAACUCAUUUUGUGGGUUCACACGAAUAAUAUAUGCAGAGCGCUGCGAAGAAAUCUUUGACCUAUACAAGUGCGACCGCAAUACAAAUCGGUGUUCGACUACAACCAAAGAAAAGUGUCUGUCUUCCGGCUCCGCAGCCUCGUCCACGAAUUUGCACAGGUUAUUUUGUGCAUUGUCAUAUUUAAGACGUAUUUGAAAUUUAUAUCAGCUUAAUUAAGAUCUGUACAUAAAGCAAUGGUGAAAAUAUAAUAGGUGUGUGUCUGAAUUUACUGGGUAUAACUGAAUUUAAAAUAACGUUGUUGGUGAUUGUGAUUUCUUAAUAGCGUUGUAUAGGAAUUAUAUAUAGUAAUUUCGUAUGAUUUUGUAAUUAUAUAGUAAUUUCAUAGGAAUUGUACUUAUUCGGCGUAAGUUAUUAAUAUUAUUUAAUUUAUUGUAUAUUUAUCUUUCUUAUUGCAAUUAGUCUGAACUUAAGCGGAAAUUGAAACAAGAAAAUGGACUUAACACAAAAGUUUAAACUCAAAAGUUGUGCAAUCGUAGUUACCACUCAAAUCACAGAUUUUGAGGUUGCUAUAUAAAAUACUCCUCACUUAUUUAUUUUACUUUCAUGACAAGAGUUGCCGUGAUAGACGUGUGCUGAUUAUAUUAAAUAAAUCAUUUGAAUUGUCUUUUCAAAAAUCUACUCAAAUCGUUCGACUGGAGCAUUCUCGCAUUUUCUUUAAAGAUAGAUAAUUUUACGCAGUAUAUGAAAGAUGAACGUCAGCAAAGACGUGGACGAGAGUGUGUAGCAGGUAAAAGAGGCCUAAUUAAGCUGCGAAAGUUCGUAGCAACCUUUAUAAAAAAAUUCUUAGCAGAGAAUAUUUCAAAAGUUCUAAAGCACCUUUCUGGAAUUUACAUCCGUCACAGAAACGUUCUUAUAAUGUCGAGAAUAUUUAUUCUCGUACUUUUGUGGCCUUGUACGUAUGCUCAGCCGUAACCGACAUGUGCAGUAGAGGAAAAUACCGGCCCCGACCAGCCCGCGCGUGUUCGCUUCUUUCACCGUUUUUCUUCAACAUGUACCUACUGUGAUAUGUGUAUUAAAAAAUUAUGUUAUGUAUAAUAAUAUUAUAAUUUAUCGAAACAUUUUUAUUUACUUCUUGUUUAUUUAACUUCACCCUUUAUUAGGCCGUAACUAUUAAGAUUAAUUGUUAAAAUAGUUAUGAGUAAGGCAAUCCAUUGCAUGUGGUUUUAUAGGUCUCAAUAAAGGGUAAAUUAUGUAUUAUUUGCAUUAUAAUUCUACUAUUUAAGUACUUUGUUAGUGUUUAUCAAUGAGAGUAUCCCAAAUCCAUCCUGCAAUUUUCCUGAGUAGUGCGCUUUCGACAUAAAAAGCCUAUAGUAAGAUUAUUUACUCGCUGCAAACUCGGUCAAAAAUAAUGGGAGCGGGACAUCGAUAUUGCGGUUUCUGUCUCACCUUUAGCGACGUACGCACGUGACGCGUGCGCUUGUCCUUUAUCGAUGAAAACAAUUCGGUGCGGUAGGUGCCUUUUGAGUAAUUUCUUACCUAUUAUAUCGCUAUCGUCAAAAUGUCGCAA